CCCGUGACGCAGCGCUGUAAAGUUCCGCUUGGUUUCCGCAGGUCGCGGCGGAGAUGCAUUGUGCUGGUUAGCUCCCAGGUCGGUUAGUCAAAAUGACUGGUCUCGGUGGGAUUUCGUGCUGCUAAGUCUAGGGCCUUUUCACUAGUAACCGGCGGAUCACAGUACCGCGCAGCCGAACGCACAGAGAAACUGAAAGAGACGCAAGGCUCCCCGCCGCUCCUUGCAGUUUUGCUCCGGCCCCCUGGGAAAGCUGAUGUAUAAUCACCAGUGGACUGAAUUGGAACUUUAUUAGUGCAAAAAGUGUUUAUUGGAGAAGUGAGCUACAAAGAAAUAAAGAUGAGUAAGAGUAAAGAUGAUGCACCUCAUGAACUUGAGAGCCAGUUUAUCUUACGUUUACCUCCAGAAUAUGCCUCUACUGUGAGGAGGGCAGUGCAGUCUGGCCAUGUCAACCUGAAAGAAAGAUUGACCAUUGAGUUACAUCCUGAUGGACGUCAUGGAAUUGUCAGAGUGGAUCGAGUUCCAUUGGCUUCAAAAUUGGUAGACCUGCCCUGUGUUAUGGAAAGCUUGAAAACCAUUGAUAAAAAAACGUUUUACAAGACAGCUGAUAUUUGUCAGAUGCUUGUAUCCACAGUAGAUGGUGAUCUCUAUCCUCCUGUGGAGGAACCAGUUGCUACUGCUGAUCCAAAAGCAAGCAAGAAAAAAGAUAAGGACAAAGAGAAAAAGUUUGUCUGGAACCAUGGAAUUACUCUGCCUCUAAAAAAUGUCAGAAAGCGAAGGUUCCGGAAGACAGCAAAGAAGAAGUAUAUUGAAUCCCCAGAUGUGGAAAAAGAAGUGAAGCGGUUGCUGAGUACAGAUGCAGAAGCUGUCAGUACUCGUUGGGAGAUAAUUGCCGAAGAUGAAACAAAAGAGACAGAAAAUCAAGGCCUUGAUAUCUCAUCUCCAGGAAUGUCUGGCCACAGACAGGGUCAUGACUCAUUAGAACAUGAUGAGCUUCGAGAGAUCUUCAAUGAUCUCAGCAGCAGCAGUGAAGAUGAGGAUGAGACACAGCAUCAAGAUGAAGAAGAUGUCAACAUCAUUGACACUGAGGAGGAUCUGGAGAGACAGCUGCAGGAAAAGCUAAAUGAGUCAGAUGAACAGCACCAAGAAAAUGAAGGGACCAACCAACUGGUUAUGGGAAUUCAAAAACAGAUAGAUAACAUGAAAGGCAAGCUUCAAGAGACCCAGGACAGGGCAAAACGCCAGGAGGAUCUCAUCAUGAAAGUAGAAAACCUGGCGCUCAAGAACAGGUUUCAAGCAGUGCUAGAUGAACUGAAACAAAAAGAAGACCGAGAAAAGGAGCAGCUUAGCUCUUUGCAAGAAGAGCUAGAAUCCCUUCUGGAGAAGUGAGAAUGAUGAUAUUUAAUUCCAGUUUUCAGACUGGUCAGUAUUAAAAAAUUUUGUUAGAACUUGGACUGGAUGUUAAACAUCUGUGGGAGUUCUUAUUCUUUCAAAUGCUAGAAGUUCUAUUGAACUAUGUCAGUUGUUUUCAGAACUUUUCUGUUUGGUUCUCUUUAGGAAGUAGGGUUGUGUAGGCAGAAUGGUUGUAAGAAAGUUAUAAAACUAGUGAAACACAGUUUAUCCUUACCCACUUCACUGCAGGAUUUUGCUGUUUGUCCUUUUUCCAGGAUCUGCUACUACUCUUUGGUCUUGCUAUCUAAGGUCAAUAAGAAGCAGCUAGUCUGGAGGCAGUGAAGCUAGUUCUUCUUCUUUUUUCUUAUAAAAUGGCUACUUUGUUAGCUACUUGAAGUUUCCAUAUGUAAAAAUGAAAAAGUUUUCAUAAAGUUGUUUUCUAACACAAUAAAAGCAACUAAUUUUCACUUUA